AUGUUUUAUGUGACAGAUUCACAGAACAGAUACACGAAUGUUCUGUUGAAUUCCAUAGGCUUUGGCACAAAAACGAAGAAAACCGUCUUCGUAGGCGGGAUCAGCGAUGAUACAGACGAGACGACGUUAUAUGAGGCUUUCUCGACCUUCGGCGAAAUCAUUGAGGUCCAGAUACCUCCGCCAGUGAACCCGCACCAGAACCCCAGCCCAAACGAUCCAAAACACCGUGGAUUUGGCUUCGUCACAUUCAGCUCCACGGGGGACGCGCAAGACGCGAUUGACAACAUGGACUUGAACGAGCUCAAGGGCCGUGUCCUCAAAGUGAGCAUCGCGCGCCCGAUGAAGGCCGACUUGAACCCACAAAGCAACAGAGCUAUUUGGGAGUCGGAGGAGUGGUUGAAGGAGCACGUAAAGCCUCUGGCGCAGUCUGGUGGUGUGCAAGGACGCCUGGCAGCAGCAUCUGAAAACCCCGAGAACAAAGACGACGACAACGACGCUAUGGAGGAGUGA